AAUUACCGCCAAAAAUGUGUGCUCUAUCAAAGUUGUAAUAAAAGAAAGUUUAUAUACGCCAAAUGGGUUUAAUAAUAAGUAUUGUGAUAACGUCCAUAGUGUUUUAUUUAUCAUUAACGGAAUAAAUGAUAGACGAGCGAGUCGGGUAAAAAUAAUGCUAACGCGCAUGUGGCCGAACGCGCCAUAAUCGCGCGACCCUGCCCGCGAGCAAUCUCCCAACUCAUCUCUGAUAUAACCUACAUCCACGUAAAUUCAAAGCUUGAGUAUGCGCCUUAAUGCCGGUAGUUCAAUUCCGGAUGCCGGAUUUGUUUUGAUGGCUGUUUGACGCAAAUUCGUUAUUUGAAUCUUCAGUAGGAUUAAAACAUCAGCAAGAUAAGGAAUAAUUUAUCGAGAUUAAUGCUACGUCGAUUCUGGGGACCAGGAGCUGAGUUCUUCACGAUACAACAAUGGCGCUUUAUGAUUUGAUUCAACAAUAUCGCUUAAUGAUCUGUACUGGAAAUUCAAUAUUAGACAAUAAAAUUAAUGACUGGAUAAAAUGCAAUAAGGAUCCAGAAGCAGAGAAGGAGAUUCGAGACAUCAGAGACAAGGGCGAUAUGAAGACUUUAUCCGAUUUAUUUCUAAAAAGGCUGGAAUUCGGUACCGCUGGACUUAGAGGUCGAAUGGGUCCAGGAUAUAGUCAGAUGAAUGAUCUAGUUAUCGUUCAAACUGCCCAAGGACUUACAAAAUAUUUGAUGGAUACAAUUUUUGAUGUGGAAGAUUCAGGAGUGAUAGUGGGAUAUGAUGGACGGCACAACAGCAAAAGGUUUGCAGAAUUGACAGCGGCAAUACUUAUAAACAAUAACAUCAAAGUGUAUUUGUUUUCUGACGUCUGUCCUACGCCUUUUAUCCCAUUUGGAAUAUUGACGUACAAAGCUGCAGCAGGGAUAAUGGUCACUGCGUCACAUAAUCCAAAAGAUGAUAACGGUUAUAAGGUCUAUUGGAAUAAUGGAGUGCAGAUUAUUUCUCCACACGAUAAGAACAUACAGGAAUACAUCUGCGAAAAUUUGGAACCUUUGGAAUCUUCUUGGAACGUUUCCAAGAUCUAUGCAAACCCUUUGUAUGAAGAUCCCUUGGAAGAGUUAACUAACACUUAUAUCGAGAAGCUUAAAGUCGAUGUCUUGUACCCUGAAGUUAAUCGAAACACUGUAUUAAAAUUCACAUACACGGCAAUGCACGGAGUCGGGUAUAAAUUCAUGGCCAAAGCUUUCCAUGCAGCUAAUUUUAAGCCGUUCAUCACAGUGGAAGAGCAAAAAGAUCCGGACCCCGAGUUUCCAACCGUAAAAUUUCCGAAUCCAGAAGAAGGAAAAAGUGCUCUUGAUCUGAGUAUUCAGACCGCAGAUUCCAAUGCCUCUACUAUUAUUUUAGCCAAUGAUCCAGAUGCUGACAGAUUAGCUUGUGCUGUCAAGAAAAAGAAUGCAGAGUGGCAUAUAUUUUCUGGAAAUGAGCUUGGAGCAUUACUUGGCUGGUGGAUGAUACAUGUAAUUCGAGUUAGGUAUCCCGGUACCGAGCUGAAAAACACGUGCAUGAUAUCCUCAACAGUCUCUAGCAAAAUACUUGCAUCAAUGGCGAAAAAGGAGGGCUUUCGUUUCGAGGAAACGUUAACGGGGUUCAAAUGGAUGGGCAAUAAAGCUGCGGAACUGAUCAAAACUGGGCAGUCUGUUAUAUUCGCAUUCGAAGAAGCUAUCGGAUUCAUGUGCGGAGACCUGGUGUUGGAUAAAGACGGGAUUGGAGCGGGAUUACGAGUCGCCGAAAUGGCUGCAUAUUUGGAGACAUUUGGCUUCUCGCUUCUUGACAAAUUGGAGGAAAUCUACAACGAGUACGGCUACCAUAUCAGUGAAAAUUCGUACUGGAUUUGCCACGAGCCGGAUACGGUGAAAGCCAUCUUCGAACGACUGAGGAAAUACGAAGGAGAACCAAAUUCGUAUCCAAACAGCAUCCUUAACGGGAAAUAUCGUAUAACGGGCAUCCGAGACUUGACAACGGGCUAUGAUAAUACCAAACCUGGAAAUGUAGCAACCCUGCCUGUUUCCAAGUCCAGUCAGAUGAUUACGUUUACGUUUAACAAUGGAUUAAUUAUGACUUUGAGGACUAGCGGCACAGAGCCAAAAAUUAAGUACUACAGCGAAUUGUGCGGCUCGCCUGAAGAGAAGGAUCUUGCGCGAUUAAAAGACAUCCAGCACGAAAUGGUUUCCGCCUUGGUAUCUGAAUUUUUACAACCGGAAGUGAAUGCUCUUAUUCCUAGGAAUUCAUAAACGCGGAAUUCAUCGAGUGACGGGAUUUUAUUAUAAGGUUAUGUGGAUAUUUACGUUAAUGCCGUUGCGCACAUGUAGUAAAUAUUUAACAUUAGGUCGUCCGUUAUUCAUUUGUCGUUAGAUUUGUGAAGUAUAUAAAUGUUAUAUUAGAGUAAAGAGACAGUGAGAGCUCAUUAAGGGCCAUGAGUUUGUUUGAGACGCUACCGUGUCUCUUGAUUAAGGGGAUGUGAAAAUUGCAUCUGAACAGUCGAUCUUUCAUGAAAUUUUUCCCCGAACUGAGUGUGCUGAGAAGUUAUAUUUUUUAAUUUAUGAACAUAUAAUAAAAAUACAUGUUUUACUUUACGAUUAUUAUCCGACAGUGCAUUUGGUAUCAACAAAUACCAAAACUUUUGAAAUAUUUCCGUGUCGCUAUUUCAUUAUGGGAGUAAAACGUGUGAUUUUGAUUUUAAAUUUUACGUGAUCGUGGAGGCUGUA